AUGGCCGCCCCCGCUGAAGAGGGAGCACACAGCACCAAGAGGCGUGAUGAUCUGCUACAGUGGCAGAGACAGUUUCAGGCAAUUUGGGAACAGGAGAAAUUGUUCGAGGCGAAUGCUCCUGCAGAAGGCGAGGAAGUGCUGGAGGGGAAAUUCUUCGGAAAUUUCCCAUACCCAUACAUGAACGGCCUGCUCCAUCUGGGGCAUGCCUUCUCUCUGUCCAAGCUGGAGUUUGCAUGCGCAUACCACCGGCUCUGCAGGAAAAGAGUGCUCUUCCCACAAGGCUUCCACUGCACUGGCAUGCCCAUCAAGGCCUGCGCAGACAAGCUGGACUACGAGCUGAAGACUUUCGGCAUCCCCCCUCAAUUCCCUGCCAAGGAUGCAGAGAUGGAGGUGGUAGAGGAAGAGGCUGCAGGGCCAAAGGACCCCACGAAAUUCUCGGGGAAGAAGAGCAAAGCCACGGCCAAGAAGGGCCAGGGCAGCACUCAGUGGGACAUCCUACGCAGCAGUGGCAUUCCUGAGGCAGAGCUCCCCGAGUUCAGGCAUACAGACCACUGGCUGAAAUACUUCCCACCCCAGGCCGUGAGGGAUAUCAGAGCCAUGGGGUGUGGCGUGGACUGGCGAAGAUCCUUCAUCACCACGGAUGUCAACCCCUACUAUGACUCCUUCAUCCGGUGGCAGUUUGAAGUGCUCAGACGACAGGGGAAGAUAGUGAAGGACAAGCGCUACGCAGUGUACUCGCCAAAGGACGGCCAGCCGUGCGCAGACCAUGACAGGGCCUCAGGGGAGGGCGUGAACCCCCAGGAGUACACCCUGAUCAAGAUGGAGGCCGUGGAGCUGCCUGGCAAGCUGGCAGCGCUGCAGGGCAAGGGGCGGGUGUUUCUGCUGGCUGCCACGCUGCGACCAGAGACGAUGUACGGGCAGACCAACUGCUGGGCGCUGCCCGAGGGCGACUAUGGCGCAUUCCGCGGGCCGAGGGACGAAGUCUACGUCAUGACGGCUCGCUCGGCGCUCAACCUGAGCUGGCAGGACCGCAUGCCCGUAGAAGGGCAGCCUGAGCUGCUGCUGGCGCUCAAGGGGCAGGACCUCAUCGGCGUGCCCCUCAAGGCGCCCAACUGCCCGCACGAGCGCAUCUACGUGCUGCCGCUGCUGACCAUCCUGACCAACAAGGGAACGGGUGUGGUCACCUCGGUGCCCUCAGAUAGCCCCGACGAUUACGCGGCGCUCAUGGACCUCAAAAAGAAGGAGCCCAUGCGCAAGAAGUUCGGCGUCCAGGACGAGUGGGUCCUGCCCUUCGAGGUGAUCCCCAUCAUUGACAUCCCUGGGUAUGGCGACCGGGCGGCGCAGACGAUGUGCGAGCGGCUCAAGGUGCAGAGCCAGAACGACAAGGACAAGCUGGAGGAGGCCAAGAAGGAGGUCUACCUCAAGGGCUUCACCCAGGGCACCCUCAUCGUCGGGCCCCACGCCGGCGGCCUGGUGAGCGAGGUGAAGCAGGUGAUAAAGGAGGAGAUGCUGGCGGCUGGGCAGGCCAUAGUAUACAGCGAGCCGGAGCGGCAGGUCAUGAGCCGCAGCGGGGAUGUCUGCGUCGUGGCGCUGACCGACCAGUGGUACAUCAACUAUGGCGAGGACGAGUGGAGGGACGCCACCAGGGGGUGCCUGGAGCGGAUGGAGCUGUACCACGAUGACACGCGGCGGGGCUUCGAGUACACGCUGGGCUGGCUGCGGCAGUGGGCAUGCAGCCGAUCUUUUGGCCUGGGCACGCGCCUGCCCUGGGACCCCCAGUUCCUGAUCGAGUCCCUCUCCGACUCCACCAUCUACAUGGCCUACUACACCGUCGCCCACCUGCUCCAAAACGGCGACAUGUACGGCCAGACCGGUGGUGCUGUGAGGCCGGAGGAUGUGACACCGGAGGUGUGGGACUACAUCUUUCUGGAGGGCGCGCCGCCGCAGAACAGCGCCAUUGCACCUGACACCCUGGCGGCCAUGCGGCGAGAAUUUCUUUUCUGGUACCCCUUCGACCUGCGGGUGUCGGGCAAGGACCUGAUCAACAACCACCUGACCUUUGCGCUGUACAAUCACACCGCCAUCUGGCACUCUGACCCCUCCAAGUGGCCCCGCGCAGUGCGCACCAAUGGGCACCUGCUGCUCAACGCCGAAAAGAUGUCCAAAUCCACCGGCAACUUCAAGACGCUGGAGCAGGCCAUUUUGGAGUAUGGCGCGGAUGCGAUGCGUAUUGCCCUCGCAGACGCGGGCGAUGCCAUGGACGACGCCAACUUUGAGCACCAGACGGCCAACGGCGCCAUCCUGCGCCUCACCAAGGAGGUUGUGUGGCUGGAGGAGAUAGUGCAGACGGCGGCUGCCGGGCACCUGCGCACUGGGGAGAAGAACUUUGCCGACAGGGUGUUUGAAAACGAGAUCAACUCGGCCAUCCAGGCGACGCAGCAGGCGUACAAUGGGAUGAUGUUCCGAGAGGCACUGAAGACGGGCUGGUACGACCUGCAGAAGGCACGGGACACGUACCGCUCCUUCGUGCAGGAGGAGGGCAUGCACAAGGAUCUGGCGCUCAAAUAUGCCGAGGUGUCCACGCUGCUGAUAACCCCCAUCUGCCCGCACACGUGCGAACACAUGUGGCGCAACAUCCUGGGCAGGAAGGGCAGCGCCCUCAGUGCCGGCUUCCCUGCCGGACAAACGCCUGACUUUGGCCUCAGGUGGGCGGCGGAGUAUCUGGUGGAAGAGGUGACAGCGCUGCGCAAAGGCAUCGAGAAGGCCGAGGCGCCGCCCAAGAAGAAGGGCGCUGCACAGCAGCCGCCCCCUCCCAAGGUGGUGCGUGCGGAUGUGUAUGUGGCAGAGCGGUAUGGCGGCUGGCAGGAGGUGGUGUUGAAUUCUCUGGCGGCCCAGUUUGACGCGGGCAGCAAGGACUUCCGGGGGGAGCUGAGGGAGAUGCAGAACGCCGUGGUGGAGGCUGUCAAGGCCAGCGGCACAGCGGGAACCCUCGCUGACAAGGCGCUCAAGGGGCUGGUCAUCCCCUUUGCCAAGCUGAAGGUGGACGAGGCCAAGAAGGGUGGCCUGCAGGUGCUGGACGUGAGGCUGCCCUUUGAUGAGGCGGCGCUGCUGCGCGAGAACGCUGCCUACAUCCAGCGCAAGCUCGGCCUGCAGCAGCUGGCCAUUCACGCAGCCACAGAGGAGAAUGCGGCUGAGCAGAGCAAGCCACGCAUCCUGGAUGCCCGCCCGGGCGCCCCCGUGGCACUAUUCAGCAGCUGAUGCGUGCAUGCAUGCGCACAUUGGAGGGGACGCAGCAUCUCUUUGCGCAUUAAUUAUGCUCUAUUUUUGCGACUGAUCACUCAGCGAUCAAACUGCGAAUGUUGAACAUCUUAUUGAAUGGGAUUCCGGAGGAUCCUGUGGUCUUUACUUGACUGGUGCUCAUGGUGAUGCCAGGCACUGGUCGUGCUGCUGUGUGAACUCCUCAAUUCUCAGAAUGAAAGCAGAGGGAAU